UUAGGAAGAACUAGUAUGGCCCGGCCCAAACCCUGCCAUGUCCACCCCUCAAAGCCCGAAGUGAGAAUUCAUAUUUCGCUUUCCAAUUUAUAUCGUCCAAACUCUGCUACCUCCGACUCCGAACUCCGACUCCGACCACCGCCCAGUUCGCCGGCGAGCAUUCCGCCGCCGAAUCGCUGGAUGUCUGCUACGGUGCGCCGUGUGCGUAACACUCUCAAGGUGUGCUUCUCUUCGCCAUUCGUGCCCUCUCCCUCAAACUCACACUCUUCACAAACCCUAAUCUCUUCUACUCUCACACUCACUCUCCCCCCCAAAACCCUAAAUUCUCAACUCUCACAAUGUUGUUCUACUUCAUCUUCUUCUUCUGUCGAUCGAAACUUCGAUUUUCUCCAACAGUUUUCACCUUUUCCACUUCGCAAUUCAUCAAAUUCUUCAAUCAUUGUAAUCAAUUCGAAUGAACGGAGAAGAAUCGUUGUUGGGUUAGCUACGAUGAUCAAACAACAGCAAGGUUAUCUUUUGAAGGGUUUUUCUCGUAAUUUUUGCCCAUAUUUUCUUGUACAGAUCAUGAAAUUGUUUGAAAACCGGCAAAUUGCAUUUGCAUUUUUCAAAUUUUCAUUUGGGGAUGAUUCGAAGGAGACAUUGCGGUCAUGUUGCCUUGCUGCCCAUCUUUUGGCAGCUGGUGGGCUGCGUUUUUUCGCACAAGAUUUGCUCUCGUGGGUCAUUGCAAGAAUUGGGUUUUGUAGGAGUUGGGAGGUGGUGGGGUUUAUGUGGGGAGAGCACCACAAGUACGAGUCUGAUUUCUCGGUUCUUGAUUCGCUUAUGCGGGCUUUCUUGAAUGCAGAAAUGAUUUCUAGAGCACUGGAAAUGGUGGAUAGGAUGAGGGAGGUUGGAGCAACGCCGAGCUUGUCAGCUGUUACCAUUCUUUUCAAAUUGUUGCUGGGGAUUGGUGAUUAUGGUAGUGUGUGGAAGUUGUUUAGGGAUAUGGUUCAUAAAGGACCUUGCCCCGUGAAUUAUACAUUCAAUGUGAUAAUUCUUGGGUUUGUUAGAAAAGGAUAUCUCCAAAUAGGAGAGAAUUUAUUUCAUAUAAUGAGAAAGUUUCAAUGUGAGCCUGAUGUUUAUACCUAUAACAUUUUGAUUAAUGCAUGCUGCAUUAGGGGGCAAACGUCAGAUGGGUUGGCUUUGUUACAUUUGAUGGUUGGAAGUGGUUGUAAUCCUAGCAUUGUUACAUUUAGUACAGUUAUUAAUACCAUGUGCAAGGAGGGAAAUGUCGUGGAAGCGAGGAAACUCUUUGAUGGUAUUCAAGAGAUAGGUGUCUUUCCAAACACCAUCAUGUAUAACACCUUAAUUGAUGGGUAUGUCAAGGCUAGGGACAUUGGUCAGGCUAACAUGCUUUAUGAAGAAAUGAGGAACAAGGGUGUAGCUGCUGAUGUUGUAACUUUUAACAUUUUGGUUGCUGGACAUUACAAGUAUGGUAGAGAAGAAGAUGUUGACAGGUUGAUAAGGGAUUUAUCGAUGUCAGGAUUGCUUCCUGAUUGUUCACUGUCUGAUAUAUCAGUUGCAGGAUUGUGUUGGGCGGGACGGUUGGAUGAGGCAAUGAAAAUUUUAGAGGAUAUGCUUGAGAAAGGGAUAGCUAUCAGUGUCCUUUCUUUUAACUCUGUCAUUGCAGCUUAUAGCCAUGCAGGCCUAGAAGACAGAGCCUUUGAAACCUUCAAAAUUAUGGUGAAAUUUGGUUUGAGUCCAUCAUCUUCCACAUGUAGUUCUCUCCUUAUGGCUUUGUCCAAAAAAGGGAAGCUGCAAGAAGCGAGGAAGCUUAUGAAUGUAAUGAUAGAGAAGGGUUAUCCUGUCAAUAUAGUGGCUUUUACUGUGAUUUUAGAUGGGUAUUUCAGAACAGGUGGCGUACAGGCGGCUCAAAGUUUAUGGGAAGAGAUGCAAAGUAGAGGGAUGUCUCCUGAUGCCGUUGCCUUCUCGGCCAUGAUCGAUGGACUUUCUAAAGCAGGCCUUGUUGAGGAGGCAUACAAUGUGUUUUUGGAAAUGUUGGGGAAAGGGUUUGUACCAAAUAAUUAUGCAUACAAUUCAUUGAUUGGUGGGUUUUGCAACUGUGGAAGAUUGAGUGAAGCGUUGAAGUUGGAGAAGGAGAUGAAGCAAAGAGGUCUUCUCCCUGAUAUCUUCACCAUCAAUAUGAUCAUUAAUGGUAAAAGGUUUAUUAGCCGGUAGGUGGAGGCUUUCAUAAGCUGCACUCCUUUUCUUGGAAGACCGAACGAAUAAACAAAUAUUGGUUGUAUUAUAGUAGGAGGCUCUUGCUCUCAUUGCAAAAGGAAGCUUGUUCUUCUUCUCUUGUGCCUUUUUUGGAGAAAUGGCUGGCUUUUAUAGAGGAGGGGAGCCGGAUUUGAAAAUGUUUGGAGUCCGAAAAGAUAAGGAGGAAUCUUUUUUUAUUAUUUUUUUAAAUUUUGCUUUUGCUUUGUUGGUGCAGGGAAUCCAUUUUAUGAGCUGGAUCAUUAUUGUUUUGUCACGAGUUUGCUUUGAGUCACAUGGGAAUAUUCUUUUUAAAAAUUAUUGUGAUGCAUUGUCAGAGAGGCAUGCGAUUACAAAUUAUUGAGGUCGACGCCUUAAUAGGUGUCAGAGAAGUCGUUAUCAAGAUUUUGAGUAGAAAUAUGAGUUGGAGAAUUGAGUUGAGAUGUGUAUGGAGAAAUUAUUGUCUGAGAUUGUCGCUGAGUUACAAUUGGGGGAACUGAUUCCAGUACAAUUUUACCAUUAGAAUUAGUAAGGCAUUCGGCGUCAGCCAUUAAGAUUCCUAUCAUAUUUACCAAAAGGAAGUUGAUCCUCCUUUUCUUGAAUUUAUAUAUUUCGUCAUUGAUUUCAAAUUCUCAUGGAUUAUGGUUGGACAAUAUACUAUUUCAGUUUUGUUCAAUACCCAAUAUCUUACCUCGUCAAAUUGCUUCCAAAUGGUGGAAAACUUACAAUAUUCCUUUAGAACAUUAUCCUGAUCCUGUUGUCCUUUUACAAACAACGGAAGCAAAAAACAUUUGUUAAUCCUGCUCCUUCAAUGUUAUCUUCCAGUCCAAAAUCAUCCAAAUCUUUUGAUAAUGAUCUUUUCAAAGCCGAACUCAAGAUAAAAUUGAACAACAAGAAUCCCUCAGUGUCCAAACCUGAAUUUGAAUAUAAAUACAAAAAGGCUAUCAACAUGAAAAUGAUCUUAAUGGCUAACUCUGAAUGCCUUAUUAAUUCUUAUGAUAAAAUUGUACUGGAAUCAUUUCUCCCAAUUGUAACUUAGCGACGACCUUAGACAACAAUUUUCUGUAGACACAUCUCUACUCAAUUCUCUAACUCAUAUUCCCAAUCAAAAUCUUGAUGAUGACUUCUCUCACACUUAUCAAGGCGUAGACCUCAAUAAUUUGUAAUCACAUGCCUCUUUGCCAACUAUACUGACAAAGCAUCAUAAUAAUUUUCAAAAAGAAGAUUCCCAUGUGACUCAAAACAAACCCGUGACAAAACAAUAAUAAUCCAACUCAUAAAGUGGAUUUCCUGCACCAACAAAGCAAAAGUAAAAUAAAAAAUACAGAUGCCUCCUUAUCUCUUUGGACUCCAAACAUUUUCAAAUCCGACUCCUCUUCUUUAUAAAAGCUAGCCAUUUCUCUAAGAAGAGCCACGCUUUCAAAAUCCACCCAGUAUUAGUGUGAGAGUGUGAGUCUGAGUGUGGUUGUGAUUGUGAUUGUAAGUGUGUGAGUAAUAUCUUAGAUGCUCUGUCCUAUUUGUUUCCAAGAUUAUAAUCCUUUGUAAUUUUUUUUUUCUUUGUACUUUUAUAUUUCUGAAUUUAAUAUUAGUGUGAUAUUUGUUUA